AUGACUAUUACACAAAACAACUUUGAUGAACUGUUGCAAGAAGAAGACAAUGUGAAUCUAAAUGUGGAUAUUAUUGUUGAGGCUUCAAAAAGAGAUCAACAGAAUGAGGAAAACAUGAAAGAUGAGGAUGAAGAGGACACUCUCUCAGAAGAAGGAGAAGACAAUGCUUCAGAGGAAUUUGAAGAAGAGGAGAAAGAACAAAAAGAGAAGAAUCUUAAGGACACCAGUAAGGAGAAAGAUAGAAAUGAAAAAGAAGAUCCAGAAGGGGCAGAGAACAAGAGAAAGAAAAAAGAGAAAAUGGAAAGACAAACGAGAAUAACACCUAUCAUAUGGAACCAAAAAAAGAAUACACAAAAAUCUGUUGUAACGCCUACUAAUGAUUAA